AUGAAUACGGUUGUCAAUAUUAGUAAUGAAGGAAAAACUGAGGACCUGGAAAGUGUGAAGAGGCCUGUGAUAUACCCGGAGGAGGAAGAGAAGGCCGAGGAAUCUGAGAGUUCGAUCGACAUUGAUGCUCUGCUGAUUCUUUCAACUGUUACUGUGUGGGCGUUUAGGCUUCUGUUUGAAAGGGCUCUUGGAAACCUUUUCUUCUAUAUUGUUGGAUGGGGAAACCUAGGAUAUCUUGUCUACUCGACGAUCAGGAGGCUGUUCUUGAAGUCUGAGGAGUCCAGGGACAAGGGACUCGAUGUCAGUGACAUUAUGGCGAUUAUGUGCCUGCUUCUGCAUCUCUUCAUGUUCACUCUUCUUGUCUGCAACAGCUUUGUGUUUUCGGGGUCCAUAGGAAAUAUAGCGGAUGUCAUUAUUCGCAACCCGCUGGGGAUUCUGAUGGCAUCUCGGAACUUCCUAGAUUCACAGCAGAUGAUGGAAUCGCAAAGAGCCUACUAUGUUUCGCUCACUGUGGUGCAAAUGGCUUUUGCAAUAGUGUUAGCAGUGACGUUUGAUUACGGGAAUGAUGCUGUUGCCCCACUUGAGCUACUCCGGGCUUUGCUGCUGCUGAUGCUCGUUGGGACGACAUUCUGUUAUAUUGAAGAUGUUGUUAUUCGCAAUCUCAAGAUAUCGAAGGAGAAAGUCAAGAGGUUUAGAUUGCUUGCGAAGAUGAUGCUCGUUAUAGGGUGCACUACGGCUGGGUAUUACAUGAUGGACAGAAUGUUCAAGUUAGCAACGACGGAGAUGGCAUCGACCGUUCCAACACCGACAGCGCCGCGAUACCCCUUAGCAUCGACAGUGCCGCCAUACACCUUGUUGGAUGGUGAAUAUUGCUAA